AUGUACAAUGUAAACAUGUAAACAAUGGUUAGUAGUUGGAUGUAGUCGUAUUCGUAUUACAGUUCUGUUUACGAAUAAACAAUUCCAUAGUAACUCGGCAAUUCGGCAAUUCGGCAUCGGCACUUGUAUUGAAGCUGUUGCGUGUCUGCUGUUCGGUCGCGUUCGUUCCUUGCAUGUUUUAGGUUUGCGAUCGCGGUAUUUCUGAUAUUUCUGACGUUGCGACGUUGCGACGUUCCGAGAAGCCACUGAGGCCAGUUGAUUCUUGAUUCUGUUCUACCUGAGCCGAUUUUCUACUUACGUUGCAUAUCGAUAAACAGUUCGCCUAAUUAACACCUACCGUUUAUGUUUACAUUAUUUGGUAUAUUAAACAAUGCACACUAUAUUAAACAAAGUAAAUAAUAUUUUGUGCCACUUGAAUGUUUUCAUUCUGCUCUACAUCGCGCCACUAAGAAAUUUUUUUAAUACAACUGCCGCUCCCUGAUUGAUGAUUCAGACUAUGAUAACAUUAUCUAUUGAUUAUCGUUUUCGGCAUAUUUAUAUGAUUAGACAAGUUAUUAUUAAUAUCGGCGCACUCGUUCAUUCUUGAACAUGUUUUAGUAGAAAUAAAUAUUUCACUAUUUUUCGAUUCUGGCUGCGAUGUCCCUUCAGCAUCAAAUAUCAUUGGGGGAGCGUGGGGAUGCAAUUCCUUUAUCGGAAACUGAGGCAUACGUUCGCCAGCUUUUUAACAAGUAUGAUACUGAUGGCGAUGGAAAAAUAUCAAUUGAGGAAUUGCAGGCUAUUAUCACCAGCCGAGAAUAUGAGAAUGAUUUACCCCCACACACAGCUCGAAAUCUAAUGACUUUGGGAGAUACAGAUCAAUCAGGAUAUUUGAACUUUGAUGAAUUUCAUAAAUUAAUCAGACAUCCGAAAGCCAGGCCAAUUUUUGGUUACUUGAUUCAUCGCUUCUUGAUGGAAAAAUAUGUUCUAAGAGUGGUGCCCCGAAGACAUGGUGACACUGUAGGUAAUACGAGAUCCAAUUUAGCUCGCAGAGAUGGAGAUUAUGAGGACCAAUAUUCAUGCUGUCCACCCCCAUUUUCAAUGAUACUGUUUUCAAUUAUAGAAAUAGUAUUUUUUCUUUGUGAUAUUAUUGACCAGCAAGGGCAAGUCACUACUCGAGGACCAUUAGCAACUUUGUUUAUAUACAAUCCAUUUCGAAGAUAUGAAGCAUGGAGAUUUGCAACUUACAUGUUUGUUCAUGCCGGGUACAUACAUUUAAUUGUAAAUCUGCUAGUUCAGAUUUUACUAGGUGUGGCAUUGGAGUGUGUUCAUCAUUGGUGGCGUGUUGUGAUAAUCUAUUUGAGUGGAGUAGUUGCCGGUUCUCUAGGUACAUCAAUUACUGAUCCAAGUGUCUAUCUGGCUGGAGCUUCUGGAGGUGUGUAUGCACUGAUAACAGCGCAUGUUGCCACAAUAGUUAUGAACUGGAAGGAAAUGGAAUUUGCCUUUCUGCAGCUUUGUGUGUUUUUGGUCAUAAUACUUGUUGAUGUCGGCAGUAUUGUGUACUCGUACUUUACUGCUAAUGUGGAUAAAACAAUUGGUUACAUGGCUCAUUUAUCUGGAGCAAUUGCAGGGCUUCUUGUAGGAAUCGGCGUUUUAAGGAAUCUUGAUGUCCGUCCUUGGGAGAAAAAGUUAUGGUGGGCUGCUAUAGUAUUAUAUAGUAUUCUUAUGUUGACUGCCAUAUUGUUUAAUAUAUUUAAUAGUUCUUAUUUUUUAACUAAAUAAAUAAUUAGGCAGCAUAUUUAUUAUAAAAGUGUGUAUCCUAUUUUUGUAAAUGAACUAAAUAUUUUUGUUAAUUUUAUGAAGGUAUUAC